UAAUGUAUGCAAAGACGUGAUGCAUAACCAUUUGAGACUAUUGACAUUGAGCUGCUUAUCUCGGUGUGUGCAUUUUUUAAAUCCGUAUGUUUGUGUGCGUACUUUACCUACUUUACUAAUCCUUGCUGUGGUUGCUGUGGGAUAUAUACCUAAAGCUCUCAGUUUCAAAAAUGGUAGCAGCGAGGGACUGAAGAAAGUCCUUUUUGUGACAGAUCGGAUCGGUUUUCUCAACUGGCUGUUGUACUGAACAAGUUCAUUUACACAUGCUAAAGCACAUGUGAAUGGAUAGUGAGAUAAUACUGCAUGAUUCACGGUUGUGGAUUAUUUAUUACGAGGCCAUCGGUAGCUGUGGAUUGUGUUGUUUUAUUUUUCGGCGAUCACCGAUAAAUAAGUGGACCACUAAAUAUAAAUCCUCUCGUAAGACGAUUUGAUUACUGGCUGUUCUGUAAUUCUCAAGAAUAUUAACUGUGUACAGAAUCAGCCUUUUUAUAAAUAUGUUGAGUCAGAUGUGAAGUUAAUAAGAAAAUUACUGUUGUUUCUAAGUCUGUGAUUUCUUUAUGAGAGAUUAUCAUUGAAUUCAGAAUACCCAAGAAGUCUGUUCAGGUACUACAGGUUCAGUAUUUGAAUAAACAUCACAGUAUCUCAACAUGCAUUCAAAUAAGGAAAUGGGUGUCACUGUUUUGAGCAUAAUGAUCCUUAUGCUGCUGGCUGAAGUUGAAGGAUGGAAGAUGUUUCACAGAGGACGAGGACGUGGUGGAAUGUUGGGGUCACCCAGAGCUGCACCCAACACAUCUGUGCCCUCUGCAGAAUUGUUUCUUCAGCUACUAGACCAUUUCAAUCCAACCGUUCCAAGAACAUGGGAACAGAGAUACUUCACCAAUGCCAGUUUCUAUGUCCCUGGUGGUCCAGUGUUCCUUAUGAUUGGUGGUGAAGGUACUGCAGAUCCUUUGUGGAUGGUCACAGGUCAGUGGAUAGAGUAUGCUCGACACUACAAUGCUCUCUGCUUCAUGCUAGAACAUCGAUAUUAUGGUGCAAGUCGUCCCACAAGGGACCUGAGUGCAAGGAAUCUGGCUUUCCUGAGUAGUGAACAGUCCCUUGCAGAUCUUGCAUACUUCAUUGAUGCCAUGACAGUCAAGUAUGAAGUACCUGAAGGUACCAAGUGGAUUGCAUUUGGAGGCUCAUAUUCAGGGGCCCUUGCUGCUUGGCUGCGAGCCAAGUAUCCCCACCUAAUUCAUGGAGCUGUGUCAGCCAGUGCACCCCUUCUGGCAAAGGCAGACUUCAGAGAGUAUUACAGAGUGGUUGAAGAUGAUCUGGCUAUAUCUAAUGAUUCUUGUGUUACUGCUGUUAGAGAUGCUACCCAGGAACUGAACAUGCUACUUAAGGAUCCACUGGGCCAUAAGACUGCUAAUGAAAUAUUUAAGUUAUGUGAUCCAAUUGACGUUUUGGAGAAGAAUGAUGUGUCAAAUCUGUAUGAAAGCUUAGCAGGGAAUUUUGCAGGAGUAGCACAGUAUAAUGGUGACAAUCGCCAGUUUGAAGGGGUAACCUCCAGCUUGACACUUGAUUCAAUAUGUGCUAUUAUGGUUAAUGAAAGCCUUGGUACACCUGUGAAACGGUAUUCAUUGGUGAAUGAGAAGAUUCUUGAUCAAUACAGUAAGACGUGUCUAGACUACAAAUAUGAUAAAAUGGUUACUGACUUGGGUCAGACAGACUGGCGCUGUGAAGCUGCUGAGAAUGGAGGUCGGCAGUGGGUAUACCAAACAUGUACAGAGUUUGGCUUCUACCAGACUUCAAGUUUAACUGCCCAGAUCUUUGGGGAUCAAUUCCCUUUGGACUUCUUUAUGCAGCAGUGUUCUGACAUUUAUGGUCCAAGGUAUGAUGCCAAGCAGGUGAUGCGAGGAGUUAAGCGUACCAAUACAUUGUAUGGAGCAUUGCAUCUACAGGCAACUCGUGUUGUCUUUAUACAUGGCUCAGUUGAUCCCUGGCAUGCUCUGGGAAUUACACGGACUGUGAAACAAGAGUCACCAGCCAUCUAUAUCAGAGGCACAGCGCACUGUGCGGACAUGUACCCCAGCUCACCAUCAGAUCCUCCGCAGCUUGUGGCUGCUAGGCGGAGGAUCAGUGACCUCAUUGGACAGUGGUUAGAUGAAGACUAGGUUGGUUUAACAUGACAAAAUUUUUGUUGUUGUUCUUGUUAUUUACAAAUGUAUGUUUUGAACAAAUGGAAAAUAAAGGAAUUUGAUUC